UAGGUUUGUCAACAAACCCGGAUUUGAUUCUUUACACGCAGUUGAGUCUUAUUCUGCAGAGAAGUUUCACAUGCUUUAAUUAAGUGACAAAUUGACUAUUGUCUUGCAUUCAAAACAAGAAAUGUCGUCCGAAAACAAACUGGUGUUUUAUGUCAAUGGCAGAGAGGUUGAAGAAAACCAGCCAGAUCCAGAGACCACUCUUUUGCAGUAUCUGAGGCAGAAAUUAAAGUUAUCAGGGACCAAAUUAGGCUGUGGAGAAGGAGGAUGUGGGGCCUGUACUGUUAUGCUGUCAAAAUAUGACCCUGUCAGUAAAACUGUCAGGCAUUUUUCAGCCAAUGCUUGCUUGGCCCCUCUGUGUGCUAUGCAUGGGUUGGCUGUCACAACUGUGGAGGGAAUUGGGAGUGUCAAAAAUGGACUUCACCCAGUUCAGGAAAGGAUAGCUAAAUCCCACGGAUCCCAGUGUGGGUUCUGUACGCCAGGGAUCGUAAUGUCCAUGUACACACUUCUCAGGAACAACCCCCUGCCCACCCAGACUGAAAUGGAGAGUGCGUUUGAGGGAAAUUUAUGCAGGUGUACUGGAUACAGACCAAUCCUUGAUGGGUUCAGAACUUUUACAAAAGAAUAUUGUCAGAUGGGAGAAAAGUGCUGCAGAAAUACAAAUUUUAUACAGUGUAAUGGGAAUCCAGAAGAAGGGCUCUCCUCAGAACUUUUUGACAGCAGUAAGUUUUUGCCACCUGACAGUUCUCAGGAUCCAAUAUUUCCACCAGCUCUAAGAACUGACAAGUAUGACCAACAGAGCUUGAGUUUUACUGGGGAGAGGACGACUUGGUACAGACCCACCUGUCUCAGGGAAUUAUUGGAGCUCAAACACAGCUACCCAGACGCCAGACUGGUCAUCGGAAACACCGAAGUGGGUGUUGAGAUCAAGCUGAAGAAUAUGCAUUACAAGACAUUGAUUGCUCCCACCCACAUCCCAGAGUUAAACAAGAUUUCUAAAGAGGAUGACGGAAUCAGUUUCGGGGCAUCUGUCACACUUUCUAUGAUUGAGGAAACCCUGCUGGAAUCAAUUAAUGAAAAACGAGAAUCUCGAAACCGAAUGUUUACUGCAGUGGUAGAGAUGUUACGAUGGUUUGCAGGCCAUCAGAUCAGAAAUGUGGCAGCUGUGGCAGGAAAUAUAAUGACAGCCAGUCCAAUCUCUGAUUUGAAUCCCCUGUUUUUGGCGGCCGGUGUAACUCUCACAGUGGCCUCCAAAGAUGGUGGUACAAGACAGAUUGUGAUGGAUGAGAAAUUCUUCUUGGGUUACAGAAAAACAGCAGUUAAACCAGAUGAAGUUCUGGUCUCUGUCAAACUCCCAUAUACACAGCAGGAUGAGUUUUUCUAUGGAUACAAACAAGCCAACAGGAGAGAGGAUGAUAUAGCCAUUGUGAAUGCUGGAAUUCAGGUUCAGUUUGAGCCCAAUUCCAAUGUAAUUAAAGGAAUGAGACUGGCUUUUGGAGGUAUGGCUCCCAUAACUGUGAUGGCAACUACAGCCAUGAAGAACUGUGUGGGAAGGAAGUGGGAGGAUGACCUGGUCAAGGACAUGGCUGAGUGGUUAGCCAGUGAUCUCCCCUUGCCGCCUGGCUCACCAGGUGGCAUGACAGAGUACAGGCGCACUCUGUGUAUCAGCUUCUUCUACAAGUUCUACCUCACUGUCCUGAUGCAGUUAAGAAAAAGGCUCUCUGGAGUCGUUCAGAGCAAAGUGCCAACAUCUCACAAAAGUGCCACAGCUGUCUUCCAAAGAGACCCAACCAAAAGUACCCAGCUUUAUGAGGAGGUGCUACCAAGUCAAGGGGAGAGGGACCCACUGGGGCGGCCCAUCACCCAUCUGUCUGCCGCCAAACAGGCCUCAGGAGAAGCCAUUUAUAUAGACGACAUUCCUCUUUACGAGAAUGAGAAAUACCUAGCUUUUGUCACUAGUCAAAAGGCCCAUGCAAAUAUUCUCAGCAUCGACCCAUCAGAGGCCUUAAAUAUGCCAGGAGUGGUGGACUUUGUGUCUCAUAAAGAUGUCCAGGGGCAUAAUAAUUGGGGAAUCUUUGCCGAUGAAGAAAUAUUUGCAAAAGAAAAAGUGUUGUGCAUGGGACAAGUAAUAGGAGCUGUGGUUGCAGACACCCAAGUUCAUGCCCAGAGGGCUGCCAAGGUUGUUAAAGUGGAGUAUGAAGAGCUUGAGCCUGUUAUUACUAUUAAGGAUGCGAUCAAGAAAGGGUCAUUCUACACAAACUACAACAACAGCAUCAGUAAUGGUGAUGUUGUGAAAGGCUUUGAGAUGGCGGAUGACAUUGUGGAGGGGGAGGUCAGCAUGGGGGGACAGGAACACUUCUACCUGGAGACCCACGCCUCUCUAGCGGUGCCCCGGGGCGAGGAUGGGGAGAUGGAGCUGUUCGUGUCCACCCAGAACCCCACAGAAACCCAGCAUGUGGUUGCGGAAGCUCUGGGAGUUGCUGCUAACAAGAUAGUGUGUAGAGUCAAACGAAUGGGAGGAGGAUUUGGUGGAAAAGAGACCCGUAACAUUGCUUUCACUGUGCCAAUUGCAGUGGCAGCUGCCAAACUAGGCUGUCCAGUGCGGAAUAUGUUGGAUCGGGAUGAAGACAUGGUCUCCAGCGGCACUCGUCACCCGUUUUACGGGAAAUACAAAGUAGGGUUCACUAAGGAUGGUAAAAUUACAGCUGUGGAGUGUGAUAUCUACAAUAAUGCUGGACACAGUUUAGAUCUCUCUGCUGCAGUUAUGGACCGAGCUUUAUUCCACAGUGAUGCAACAUACAAAAUACCCAACAUCAGAGUGACCGGCCGCCUGUGUAAAACGAAUAUUCCUUCUAACACGGCCUUCAGGGGCUUCGGCGGACCACAGGGCAUGUUUAUUGCAGAGAAUUGGAUUGAGCAUAUCGCUAAAACUUUAGACAUUCCUGCAAAACAGGUGAGAGAGAAAAACAUGUAUAAUGAAGGGGAGAAAACCCAUUUCAACCAGCCUCUCAUUCAGUGCAACGUCAAACGAUGCUGGGAGGAGUGCCUUGAGAGAAGUGAUUACUGCAACCGAAGAAAGGACAUUGAUAUAUUCAACAGUGAAAAUCGAUGGAAGAAGAGGGGUAUGUCCAUCAUCCCAACAAAGUUUGGAAUUUCCUACACAGCAUUGUUCUUGAACCAGGCAGGAGCAUUGGUUAUUAUCUACAAGGACGGGUCAGUUCUGGUCACACAUGGUGGGACAGAAAUGGGUCAAGGACUCCACACUAAAAUGAUACAGGUUGCAGCGAGAUCGCUGGAGAUCCCCGAGACUAAGAUCCACAUCAGUGAGACCAGCACAAACACCGUCCCCAAUACAUCGGCCACCGCUGCCAGCGCCAGCUCAGACCUGAACGGAAUGGCCAUCAAGAAUGCUUGUGAGAUCUUGCUAGAAAGACUCAAGCCUUAUAAAAAUUCCAAUCCAAAGGGUACAUGGGAAGACUGGGUAAAUGCGGCUUAUUUUGACAGAACAAGUCUUUCCACUACAGGAUUCUACAAGACUCCAAAUAUUGGCUAUGACUUUAAGACCAACAGCGGAAAUGCCUUCAACUAUUUCAGUUUUGGAGUAGCUUGUUCUGAGGUAGAGAUCGAUUGUCUGACUGGGGACCAUAAGGUGUUGAGGACAGACAUUGUGAUGGAUGUAGGAGUCAGUCUGAACCCAGCCAUAGACAUCGGACAGAUCGAGGGAGGGUUUACACAGGGUUAUGGCCUAAUGAUGUUAGAGCAGCAGAAGUAUUCACCUAAUGGCUUCCAGUUCACCAGAGGUCCAGGAAAUUACAAGAUUCCUGGGUUUGGGGAUGUUCCUGUUGAAUUCAAUGUCUCUCUGCUGAAAAGAAGUGUCAAUGAACGAGCUGUGUACUCAUCAAAAGCUAUUGGAGAACCUCCUCUGUUUUUGGCCUCAUCCAUUUUCUUUGCCACCAAAGAUGCUAUUUCUUCAGCUAGAGUAGAUGCCGGCCUGAAUGACUACUUCCAGCUGAAGAGUCCUGCCACUCCAGAGAGGAUCAGAAUGGCAUGUCAGGACCAGUUUACUAAACUGUUUCCUGAGGCUCCGACUGAUUCUUACAAGCCCUGGUUUGUAGAGUUGUAAGUGAAGACGGCCACACACAGAGAUAGAUUUAUUGAUGGUGCUAUAGGGAGAAACAGAAUCAAGAGAAACAUGAAUAUGCACUCAAGCCAAAUAUAUAAAAUUGAUAUAUAUGUAUUUUAAGAAAAUAGUUUUAUAAAAAUGCACUAUGUAUUUAGUGUACUAUUAAGUUUGUAUUAGCAUUUCAUUGUUUUUUAAUGGUUAUAAUUAUAUUUAUUUAGAAAUUGCUAGUUUUUAUCAAAUGUUUGGAAUUGGAAUUUUUGUCUCAAUAACCGUUUGCGAUAUAACUGGACAAUGAUUUUUUUUUAUACAAUUACUUUAAUUUAUUUGAUUUAAAUGAUUGAAAGACUUUGCAAAUCUAUAUGCAUGUAACCCUCAGAUAAUUUAACUGUAGAAUUAAUUACAACCAAAAUUGUAACCAGAAUAAUCAGACCACCAGAGUUGCAGUUCAUUAUCAAGUACAAGUACAUGUAUAUGCUAACUGAUUUCACAUGUUCAGUUGAUUUAAAAGACAUUCUAUAUUCUUUACAGUCUAACAAAAAUGUAUAUACUUGUAUCUCGUGUAUUGUAAACAUUUAUAUACAUGAAGAUGGGCUUUGACCAUGUAGUUUUAAUCCAUGCAGUGUUAUAAUGUCUCUAACUUUACAUUCCAUACCAAUGAAUAAAGUUCCUGUGAUAAUGAUGAAACAUUGCCUUAUUGUUAUUGUUAUAUUUGUAUUUCUAAGUAUGUAAAUUGAUUAUACUUCAGUAUAUUCCCAAUUUUUGUUGGCUUGUUAAUUUGUAUUGGUGGUGUUGGCUUUUUCUUUUAAUACAUGUAAUUUGUGAGUUGGCAUUCCUUUGAAAUCUUAACAAAUAUUGCAUAUUGAAUUUAUUAGUGCACUAGAUAAAUAUUGUUGUUUUUUGAAUUUUUUUUUUUUUUAAAUUUUAGUACACGUGUGAUGGAAUCUCGAUAAUGAUGAAAUGUGUGUUCAUGAUGCUUAGUCAUAAUUAUAAAAGGGAUGAUUUGAUAAAAAAAAAGAUAUUAAUUUCAAAUACAAAGUGACUUGUACAUGCAAUCAUUAAUUAUUUGAAUCUAGAAGAAUACACAAAUUUUAGAAGAAAUUUGUGAAAUAUAUGUAUUUUGUAAUCAAGAUUUGGGUCUUCAAUCCUUCAGUUUGAUUGCACAUUGAAUAAAUUCACAAAAAUUAAUGUUCUAUUUGAUUUUUUAUGAAAUUCAUAUUUUUAAAUUUUUAUGUGGCUGUAAAUUUUAAUUAACAAAAAUACAAUUUCAUGAAUUAUGUAUGGUGUAUAAUUGAUACAUACAAUUGAUUUGUUAUGUUAUAUUUGAUCCCUUUAGACCUGCAUCUAAAGGCUGGAGUGUACUUUGCCUAUCAUAUAAACUCUUGAUUACAUGGCUCAGUCUUCUAGUUCCUUGAAUUUACGUCUGAACAUAAUUUAAAAAAUGCAUUUAUUUCAUUCGGCAGUAUCAUUCCAAACUAGAAGGUGUGUAUAAUAAAUUUAACCUUCCUAGUAAUGUAUCUAAAUUUAUAUCCAGCAUUUGAAUAUUUCUUACAAAUGAAGCCAAAGUGAUGUGCGUCUUCGCGCUUGACACAAGGCCACUUUUUUCCUUUCAAAAGGAUUGAAAUGAAAAUGAUAAUAUUUUCAAGAAACGAAGAAAUAUUACGGUUGUGGUUUGGCGAUUUGAAUGAAACAAAAUGCGCAUAUUUCCUAUAAAGUGCAUCGCGGUGAUAUUUAUUCCAAAACUGUGAUCUGUUAAAAAAUUUAUUUACAAAUUGCAGCGAAGAAAGUUUCAAAAAUAUUUAUUUUUGACUGACGUUUGGCAUAUAUAAUUGAGAGAAAUAGAAUAAGUUGCAUGCAUUUUUAAUCAAGGUAGAAUUUACGUAUGACAUUCCAUUUUCAAGGUUUUAAUAAACCGAAAAUGUUUUUGCUAGGAUUUUUUUUUAGUUUGAUUUUUCAUUGUGGUUGAUAUUUAGUUAUCGGGCAUAAUCUUGAAUAUUUAUAAUUAUACCAUGUUCAUAAAAGAUUGGGGUUUUUUUUAUAUAAAAACAAAAACAUCAAUGUUAUGUACUUUUAUUGUACAACGAACAUUCCUUUUAUUUUAUUCGGUAUAUUUUUCUAAAAAUUUGUUAUUUGGAUUUAGCAAAUUAUGCCGAUGUUUAACAUGUAUCUCUAACAUAAUACAUUGCUAUUCUUGUAAUCUUAAUUUUGUGAAAUAGAACUUUACAAAGAUAAGCUGUUAACAAUGUUGUGUGAGUCAGUUCACGUGGUAAUAAACUCAACAACACG